UUUUAAUUGUCGAAAUACAAAUCCGAUAACAUCUACGCUUUUGACAGCCAAGGUUUCAUCUAGUUCCUACCAUAUCAUACCACAAAAACGCCAAAAUAAUCUAUAUCGGCCCCUGAAAUGUAUCAAGCAAGUAAUGUGUACUUUAUAUGCGGUUUUGCCGCUAUCGGAGGCGGACUAUUCGGCUUCGAUAUAAGUUCUAUGAGUGGCGUUCUGGGAACCAGUGCAUACAAGCGAUAUUUCGAUAACCCAGUGUCAUACCGCCAAGGUGGAAUUACCGCUGCUAUGCCCGCUGGGUCGCUUGUUGGCUCUCUAGCAAGCUCCUUUAUCGCAGACAAGUUUUCUCGCAAAGUCGCCCUUCAGGUGGCGUGUAUUCUCUGGAUCAUUGGCUCAACCAUUCAAUGCGCCGCCCAAAAUAUCGGCAUGCUCUGUACCGGGCGGGUCAUCGCUGGUCUGUGUGUCGGUAUCGCAUCAUCGAUCGUGCCCGUAUAUCUCUCAGAAGUUGCUCCGAAGGAGAUUCGUGGCCGUGUUGUAUCCCUACAGCAGUGGGCGAUUACUUGGGGUAUCUUGAUCCAAUAUUUCAUCCAGUACGGCGCAGCGCAGAUUGAUGGCGGACCAGACGCCCCGAACCAGUCGGAAGCAGCUUUCAGGAUCCCGUGGGGCAUCCAGAUGAUCCCUGCCUUCGUCCUUUUCAUCGGCCUAUUCUUCUUCCCUUACAGCCCAAGGUGGCUCGCGUCGCAAGAUCUUUGGGAAGAGGCCAUUUAUGUAAUGGCACGACUACACGGCGGUGGGGACAUGAAUCAUCCCAAGGUCUUGGCAGAGUAUAAGGAGAUCGAAGAAGCCUUACGGAUUGAACGUGAAGAGUCGCAAGGCAGUUUUAGAGCACUUGCUCAGCCUCGACUUCUUAAGCGCGUGAUACUUGGUGCGAGUGUACAGAUGUGGUCGCAGUUGAGUGGCAUAAACAUCAUGAUGUACUACAUCGUCUAUAUCAUGGAAGCAGCGCGAAUCGGUUCACCCCUCACGACCGCAUCUAUUCAGUAUGUAAUUAACGUCGCAUUAACAUUGCCUGCUAUCAUGUAUCUGGAUAAGGUCGGACGUCGGCCCUCGUUGAUCUAUGGCGCAUUGAUCAUGAUGGUGCUUUUCUUCAUUUCCGGGACUCUGCAAGCCAUAUACGGUCAGCCCAACGACGGCCGAGGCAGCAGCGACGUAACAUGGAUCAUACCAGAUAACGUUCCUGUGUCAUCAGCCAUUGUGGCCAUCUCUUACCUAUAUGUAGCUACAUUCGCGACGACGUGGGGCCCAACAUCAUGGACUUAUACAGCAGAGAUCUUCCCGUCGCGUAUCCGCGCCACGGCCGUAAGUGUCAGCACCGCGUCGAAUUGGUUCUGGAAUAUGGUGCUGGCUUUCUCAGCGCCCGCGCUGCUAUGGAAUAUUAGUUGGAAGACGUAUAUGAUAUUCGCAGCCUUUAACGGCGCGGCUUGUAUGCAUAUGGCCCUGUUCGCACACGAAACAAAGGGGAAGACACUUGAGGAAAUGGAUGAUGUGUUUGACUCUGGACGGCCGGCUUGGCGGCCGCGUGAGAAUAUUAGUCGGCUUGAUGAGUUACAGAAGGAUAUCGAGCGAGGGAAUAUUCGGAUUGAGGCCCCACUUCCGGGUCCCGCGGAGCCGAAAGGGGGUGGAGAGAGGACGGUGACAUGGGUUCAUCUCAGGUCUCUCGGAAAUGAAUAGGAUUCUAUCCCUCGGUCCGCUUACUCGGUAGGUUAUUAAUAGAAUACGGUCCGGGAGCUCCCGAGAUUCACUGCGCGGUUUUGACGUUUGCAACUAGGCAAAUUCUAGACGUAACUGAAUUUACUACGCCUUUAAAACCGCUUCGAUUCUAAACGACACCGUUCAAUGAUGUUAAAUCUAUUC